CUUCAUUCCUGACACCAUUUUGGUUUGUGGAGGAUGGAGGGAACAAAGAGGAGGCGGUGUCCGUGGGACCUCAUCUUCCUGUCUAUUUUCUUUAUCGUCGUGGCGGUGGCCGAGGGUGUCCUGGUCUGGAAGUUGACCAAAGACGCCUACGAGACGUCAGACAGCCGGACGUGUGCGACGUCAGAAACGUCCGUGACGUCAAAACCCGUUGUUCAAAAGCAGGAAGAUGACGUCACCCCAUGGCUGUCCUAUCGCUUGCCGCGAGACGUACUUCCGGUGCAUUAUGACGUCACAAUCUACCCCAACUUUUACGAGGAGGCUCACGAGUUCUCUGGAAACGUGACCAUAGAGGCGCAAGUUGUGACGUCAACCCAUUACAUCAUCCUGCACGCGCACCCCCUGUACGUGAACGUGACCGGGACCCACGUGACCGACAACAGGACGGGAGCUGAGAUUGACGUCAUCAGGACCUUCUACCACACGCCACACGAGUUUUUUGUAAUACAGGUCGGAAGUGACGUCAACGAUUCGGUCAGGCUGACCUUGAAUUAUCACGGCGUCUUCGACCAAACGACGGUCGGGUUUUACAAGAGCGACUACUACAACACUGACACUAACGAGACUAGGUAG